GCGGGCUGCGAGCGGCUCUAAAACUCGCGCAAAACUGUUCCCGGAGUCUCUCGGCGGGGGCGGAGCAGAGUUGCACUGCGCUUCUUCGGUGGGCUGUGCCUGGAGAGCGGGAAGUGAGCUCAGGCGCAGAGGAAAUCCCGCCUGCCCGCGCCCGGCCUGUGUGUUGUGCUCUCCGUGUUGGCGACACCGAGGGCGAGAUCGGCGAGGCGCUUCUCCGGGGGUGGCGGAGGGGCCGGCUGCGUCUGCGAGGGAGACAUGUCGGAUCAGGAAGCCAAACCUUCAGCAGAGGAUUUGGGUGAUAAAAAAGAGGGAGAAUACAUUAAACUUAAGGUUAUUGGGCAGGACAGCAGUGAAAUUCACUUCAAAGUGAAAAUGACAACGCAUCUAAAGAAACUUAAAGAAUCAUACUGUCAGAGACAGGGAGUUCCAAUGAAUUCACUCAGGUUCCUUUUUGAGGGUCAGAGAAUUACUGAUAAUCAUACUCCAAAAGAGCUCGGAAUGGAAGAAGAAGAUGUGAUUGAGGUUUAUCAGGAACAGACAGGAGGCCAUUCAACAAUUUAGAAUGUUUGUUUUUUUUCUCUUUCCUUUUAUCCUUUUUUAUUUUUAAAUAAUAGUUCUUUUGUAAUGUGGUAUAUAACACUGAGUUAAAACCAACACCACAUUCCUAUGUUUUAAAUAUUAUUUCCAGUUGUCUGUUUUGAAUUCUUGUGCUCAUUAUACACUGUCAUUGUGUCAGACUUUUGUGAUCCUGCUGCAGUUGUACUUUCCCAUUUUUCCCCAUUUCCUCUUUUAGAAAAGCAACUGUCUACACAUGCAGUUAUAUGUUGGCAAGGAUCAUGUAUCCAAGCCUUGACUAUUUGGCAGUGGGCAGAGGUUUCUAAUAUUCACAUUGGCCUGAAAUUUAGGUAUGUGACUUUUAUUUGUGGAUUUUAAGAGAAGAUACAGAAGCUUUUUGAAAUCUAAACAAAAGGAUUGUAUCCUAAUAUUAAGAAGAGUUUUCUGUAGAUUUCACUGUGAAGUAUCCAAAUACUGAUGGCAAAAAUGUAGUUUAUGGUAAUACUAUCUUUGAAAUGGCUUCACUGAAGAUAACAUGGAAAUUGGGGUUUUGUCAACAGAAGAUCCUAGGAAAGUUCUAAUUAAUGUAUAUCUUCUUGCAACGAGAGUUUAACGAUUCUUAUGUUGUACCUGUUUGUCUGGAAUGUGGUUUUUCAAUGGACAUAGAUUGUAUUGGCUUCCCUUUAAAUAAAUAAGAGGAAACAAAUUCAUAAACCUCUGCAUUUUCUUUCAAUACAAAUUUGGAAGAUUAUUUGAAAAACUAGUGAAGAAUAUUUAAAGAGGAUAAUUUCUUAUGCUGGAGGAUGUUACAUAGGAAAACUUUUUGAUUUAAUUCACCUUUGAGAACUAGCACUUUCCCUGCUGCUUGCUCUCAGUAUAUAAAUGGAAAUCAAGAAUUUAUCUUUCACUGAUAGUUGUAUUUUAUAUAUGCAAUGUGUAGCUCCGGAACUCUGAAAAUUCAUGGUGAAGAAUGGAAGACUAAAUAUAAAAUAAGUGAAAUUGCUAUCCAAACACCUUCUUUGGUGUUUAAAAAACAGGGACAUACCAAUUCUUCAGUUUCAGAGAAUCACAGAAAAUAUUGGGACUUAAAUUAGGUAUGAAUAACCUAACCUAUUGAUUUCAAUACAGUGUAACACUAUCUUGUAAUCUACAUUGGAUCAAAGUGCCUUGGAAAACAUAGGUACUUUGCAGAGUUACAUGCAUACAUAUAUUUGCACUAUCAGUGUGAUAAAAAUUAUAAACAUUGAAAAAGCAUUGAUCUAAGAUCUAACCUAACCUCAUUUUUUAGAAUUCAGAGUUUUUCUUUUGACUUCAGUAGGUUCAGGAUUGAAGACCCGGCAUUAAAUCCUGUUUGUAUAGACAAGUAAACUAGUUGAUUAUCAGAUAGCUCCCAUUGGCAAUCUUAGAGUGUAAGUACCUCUAAAAAUAAAUUAAUUCUCUGGAAGUAAGUUAUUCGUGUUUGGAAGUUAUGUGAAAUAGUAUUCUGAAACGAGGCCUGAUCAAUGAAACCUUUUUUUCCUAAGCAAUUGUCUAAUUCAAAAUGUUCUAUCUUCAUAUCUCUUUUAGUCAAUUGCAGAACUGUCAUAGAAAACCUACCAAUGCUAGAAACAUUCUUUAGCUCAGGUUUGCAAUAUUGAUGGCAGGACUAGAAACGUUGCUCUACCUCGGGUUUAUUUUCGUUGCCAGGGGAAUAGGAAAGGUCAGAAAUUAAGACUGCAAUGUUCUUAAGCAUACUUUAAUAAACCAUUUAAUUGUAUUUACUUUUCAGGCACUUAACUGUAAAAGUGUUAAAUGGAUCUUCUCCAAUGCUUGUAGUUUCCAUGUCCCACUUCUGAUGCCUUUUUGUACGCAUGCCAAACUUUUUUUAAAAAUUAAAACUUGUUUUCAAAAAUCAAAA